GUUCCGGCGGUGCCCAGGCCUGUGGAUCCAGAGGCCCUAUCCUGCAGCGUGAGGCCUCGGCAACAGCGGCUGAGGCUCUACCCUUUCGCGGCGGCCUGUCACCGUCGCCGUGGAGCGGCUGCUCAGAGUCGGAAAUGCCGCCGCGGGACCGGGGUCUGCUCUGGCUAAGCCUGGUCCUGGGCUCCUGCGCUUCUCUCGGGUCCGCGGCGCGGGGCAACAAUGCCAAAGAUGCUCUGAAUGUCCUCCUAAUCAUCGUGGACGACCUGCGCCUCUCCUUGGGCUGUUAUGGGGACAAACUUAUAAAGUCCCCAAACAUCGACCAACUGGCAUCCCACAGCCUCCUCUUCCAGAAUGCUUUUGCCCAGCAAGCAGUGUGUGCCCCAAGCCGCGUGUCGUUCCUUACCGGGAGGAGACCUGACACCACACGCCUGUAUGACUUCAACUCCUACUGGAGAGUACAGGCUGGAAACUUCUCCACCAUCCCCCAGUACUUCAAGGAGAAUGGCUACGUGACCAUGUCGGUUGGAAAAGUCUUUCAUCCUGGAAUAUCUUCUAAUCAUAGUGAUGAUUCUCCAUAUAGCUGGUCUAUUCCACCUUAUCAUCCCUCCUCUGAAAAGUAUGAAAAUACUAAGACAUGUAGGGGGCCGGACGGAGAACUCCAUGCCAACCUGAUUUGCCCUGUGGAUAUGGCAGACAUACCCGAGGGUACCUUGCCUGACAAACAGAGCACCAAGAGAGCCAUACAACUGUUGGAAAAAAUGAAAACAUCUGCCAGUCUUUUCUUCCUGGCUGUUGGAUAUCACAAGCCGCAUAUACCCUUCAGAUACCCCAAGGAGUUUCAGAAGUUGUAUCCCUUGGAGAACAUCACCCUGGCUUCUGAUCCCCAGGUCCCCACUGGCCUCCCUCCUGUGGCCUAUAAUCCUUGGAUGGACAUCAGGCAGCGGGAAGACAUCCAAGCUUUAAACCUCAGUGUUCCCUAUGGCUCAAUUCCUGUGGACUUUCAGCGGAAAAUACGUCAGAGCUACUUUGCCUCUGUUUCCUACUUGGAUACACAGGUUGGCCACCUUUUGAGUGCUUUGGAGGAUCUUCAUCUGGCCAACAGCACUAUUGUUGCAUUUACCUCAGAUCAUGGGUGGUCUCUAGGUGAACAUGGAGAAUGGGCCAAAUACAGCAAUUUUGAUGUCACUACUCACGUGCCUCUGAUGUUCUAUGUUCCUGGAAGAACAGCUCUGCUUCCAGAGGCAGGCAAGAAGCUCUUCCCUUACAUCGACCCUUUUGAUCCUAUCUCGGAAUUGAUGGAGCCAGGCCAGCAAGCUGUGGACCUCGUGGAACUUGUCUCUCUCUUCCCCACACUCGCGGGCCUUGCAGGAUUGCAUGUUCCACCUCGUUGCCCCAUUCCCUCAUUUCACGUGGAGCUGUGCCGAGAAGGCCAGAGCCUUCUGAAGUAUUUUCAAUUUCAUGACUUGGAAGAGGAUCUAACCCUCCAUGUUAAUCCCCGUGAGUCCGUUGCCUAUAGUCAGUACCCCCGGCCUGCAGACUAUCCUCAGUGGAAUUCUGACAAGCCAAGUUUGAAAGAUAUAAAGGUCAUGGGCUAUUCCAUACGCACAAUAGACUAUAGGUAUACUGUGUGGGUUGGCUUUAAUCCCCAUGAAUUUCUUGCUAACUUUUCUGAUGUCCAUGCAGGGGAACUGUAUUUUGUAGAUUCUGACCCUUUGCAGGAUCAUAACAUGUAUAAUGACUCUCAAGGUGGAGACCUUCUUCAAUCAUUGACACCUUGAGUUGUAUGAGCCACAGAGGGCAUAUAUAUAUAAUGUGUUCCCUUGUGGCAGGUAACAAAAAGAGUUAGAGCUGGUUGUUUUGUGAUUACUCUUAAUACUGGAAGACGUUCGAGGGGUAUGCAAUCAAAAUGUGCAUCAACAAUUUGGCCAAAGAAUAUACAACAGCCAAAUAUUUUGAUUUGGUCUUUAUUAGUUUCUAAUUGGUAAUUGAACUGGGGCUGGGCUGAACCUUUUCUUUCCUUUUUCUUGAAGAGUCAUAGCUUAUUUAUUGAAUGAAUAAGUACAGACUGGUAAACUAUAAUUGUCAUGCCUUUAGAUAUCAAGACCAUAAUAACCAAACAUAACACUACAUUUAAGAAAUACUUUAAUUAUUUGUGGAAUUUAGGGCAUUUCAAAAAGUAAGUAUAUAUCAAAUUAAGUUUGACACUGAGUUCCUGGUUCUUUUUUUUUAUAAUUUUAUAAUUUCUCUUAUUUAACCCAAUAUGAUAAAAGUACUGUGUCAAUAUGUAAUGUAGAUUUAUUUUUAUUUUUUAAAGACUUUAUUUAUUUUUAGAUAGAGGGGAAGGGAGGGAGGAAGAGAUGGAAAGAAACAUCAAUGUGUGGUUGCCUCCUCAUGUGCCCCCCUACUGGGGACCUGUAGGCAUGUGCCCUGACUGGGAAUCAAACUGGCAGCCCUUUGGUUUGCAGGCCUGGACUCAAUCCACUGAGCCACACCAGCCAGGGCAUUGUUAAAAAUAAAGUAAAAUAAUGCUAGAUGCCAAGGCCUUAAAAUCUUAUCUUUAAUUUUUGUCUCUAAGGUCACAAAAUUCAUAAUCUAAAGAUAAAAUAUAUAUGAAACAAUUAAUAUGGAAUUUCUACAUCAAAUAAUAAAUAAUGUUCAGUAAACUAGAGUCAUAAAAUGUAUGAGAAAUUGAGUUAAAUUUUUUUAGAGACUUUCUGACCCAAAUAAAAAUCUGUUAGUAAAUAAUAUGACCCUUUAACCCAAAGGUCAUGUAUUGAAAGAUGUUGUUUACAAUGGAAAACAUCUAAAGAUAUAACUGUAUGCAUGAAUCAAGUCACUCACAACUUUAUUAGUGUUCUCCUUCAGGGGUGUUUGGUUGCAGACAUCCAUUUAUUCAGGAGGCAAGAAAUAUUCUAAUUAAUUACUAAUUAAAGACAACAUUAAUUUUAUUAAAUUUUCAAUUAUUUUGAGAAUUGUAAAAACUUUUCAUUAGUGUAAUAUCAGGUCAUUUCUAAUCCCCCAGUUAUAUAUUUCCUAAAUGUGAAAGUAACCAGAAAGGCAGGCGGUAGUGAUAAACUUAGCUUAUAUCAUCUUUAAAAGGAUGGAAUAUUCACAACUCAUUUACAUUAUGCUGCAGCUUAUUAAUUAAUCAGUAGUCAUCAGAAGAGUCAAUCACUUUCUAAAUAAACAUCAAAUGUAGUUCUGUGUCAAAAUGAGUAAUUUUUAGUAUUUCCCUCCUUACAAGUGCUUCAUUGGUGAAACAAAAUACAGCAAAUUAGGUUAAGCUAUUUCAGUAUAUUAAAUAGUAACCAAAAAGGCAAGAUAUUAUAUUAAAAGAUUACUUCAAAUCAGUAAAAUUUCAAAAGUUUUUUUUUUUUUACACUAAGUAGCCUACAAUAGAGGUAUAUAUAGUAACAAUGAUCUUCUAAGUGAUUAAGCGACUCAGUGUACUGGCUACAAUUUCUACUUCAGGAGUGAAGGCCUUAUUCAUCUCCUCUGAUCCUGAAGCUUGUCUCUCUUGUGGAAGCCUCAUCUUUACAUGUAGAUGGCUUCCCUCAGUCUUUUUUUUUGUCUUCUUAAUCCUCUUUAUGGCUUUUAUCACUUUCACUAAGAAUUUUACAGUCCUGUUUGUAAAUUUCUCAUGACAUAUUUUCAGUGUAUUUAGCUUUAUCUCCUACUCUGUAGCUAGAGUAAGUUUUAACACAGGUUUUUAUUUCACAUUCAUUUGUUGCUCCUGUUGGCUACAAUAUGUACACUUCGUCAUUUUUUUCUUACUUGAUUUCUUGAAGCACAGUUUUAUUAUCAAAAAUCCCCCAAAUCUGCUCUUGCAGAAGUCAUAAGCUGAAUUAUGCCAGAGGAGAGUGAAGUGACAUGCAUGUCGGAAGUGCAUCUGCCAUUUUGUCAGUAAUUUACUUGCAUUAUCAAAGCUACAUCUGGGUCUGGGUCUACAUGGGGUACUUUUGCAUAUCAAUCUGUCUUUAUUGGAAGUGCUUCUGUUUUAUCUCUGCUACAUAAGGAUGUAGCUUCAGAAUGCUUCAGCUCUCCUAGGUUGUCGUUCUUGGCCUCUCUUUACAAAUCUCUCCUUAUAGAAGCGAAGGCUGCAUUUCAUGUUCAGUGGUAUGCUCUUCUAAAUCAUCGUAUGGGUUUUUUUGGUUGCUGUUUUUGAUACUGAACCCAACUUAGAGUCACUUCUUGUGUCCUUUUGCAUGUCUGCAGCACACACUGGAAUGAGCAGCCACUUUUGGUUUUCAGAUAUCAAAGCUGAUUAUGUUCCUUAUCUUGACUUAGUUUAGAUAAACCACAUCUUUGUUGUUUCACAUAACCUUUAUUUAAUCCCACUGAGCUGGACAGCUUUUAUUAAAUGUCCCCCAGACACUUUAUUUGUAGAAAUCCUCAUUUAAUUUGACCAGGGGUUCUUUUACACAGUUCAGUUGAAACCAGAACAAGUGAUGCCAGAAAUUUUCAAUGGUCCUAAUUCAGUGGCUUACAAAUAUGAGGGUACAUCAGAGGACCACCUGAAGUGCUUGUUAAAAUCCAGGGUGCUAGACCCCGCCCAUAAAGGUUCUGACUUAGUGCAUCUGGGUGAGGCCACUAGGCACAUAUAUGCCUAUUUAAUUUUAAAUUAGUUAAGUGAAAUAAAUAUUUCCAAAGCAGAAUUUCAUUGUACUUGUCAUAUUUCAUGUAUUCAAUAGCCACAUGUGGUUGGUUAGUGGCUACCAUAUUGGACAACACAGAUCUAGAACCUUUCUGUCAUGACAGAAAUUUGAUUGAAUAGAGCUGCUCUAGAUUAACUCUGAAUUUGAGCUCUAUCCACCUGGUUGUUGGCAAGUUCCUCCUGUGGAUUGAUUAUCCUGUGUUUGCCUACAAAGCCAUGUCCAGAGAUUACUGAAGUAUGUUUGGUUUAAGCAUAGCGUAGGGAGUUCACUCUUUCAAUUGACCUUUUUCUCCAGUCCCAUGGACAUCACCUCAGCCCUUCUUACCUCCUUCCCAAGUAGUUUACCUGCCCUUCCUCUUUCCUCCCUCAUCCCUAAAGAAUCCAUGUGUCUUCCUGAAAUUCCUCUUUGAUCCUGUCCUUUAAGAACACCACUAGUGCCUAUUACUGGGUCUAUACAGACCUCCCCUGAGCAGUCACAGUCUUCCCUGACUCCACAAAGCCCCUUUCCUUGGUUGACCAGUUUGCAUACUGGUCCCUUACUCUCCUUUGCCAAUCCCUGCCUCCCCAUCCACUCCUAGAUUUACCCCUCUUCCCUUCACCAUACAUUCAUGAUCAUUCUUCAUACCCUGCUUCCAUGCUCCCACCUCCAAAAAGCUAAGGGUUUGUGACUCUCUAGACUACAUUGUGGGAUGAAAUUAAAUUGUUAAAGAAUCUUCUAAUCCCCUUACUUAAAAAUGGUAUUUUUUCUUGAUCAUAAAAUUGUGUUAAUUAUAGAAAAAUUGGAAGACAGAAAUACAGUAAAAGGUAGGAAAAUUCAUCUAGUAUUUUACUCCAAGAAAGUCACUUAAUAUCUUGUCUCUUUUUGGGGUGUGAGUUUUUACUUGGUUGUGAUCAUAUUAUGUGCUCUAUUGUGCAGUUUUGUAUUCUUGUUUUUUUCCACUUAUUAUAUGUGGUAAUUACACAUUUUUGCAAAGAUGCUUUAUACUGGUGGAAAUAAUAUUUUAUUGUGUAGUUUUUUAUUCAUUUAUAUAACCUUCAAAUCAUUUGAAGUUUAGGUUAUUUCCAAAUUUUUAGUGUUGUAAAUAAUGCUGUGAUGAGCAACUUUUUGAAUAAAAUGUUUUCAUGUAUUUCAAGUUACUCCCUUAGGAUAGAUAGUCUCUCAGUGCCAAAUUGUCAAAAGUUUCUCUAUUCUUCUCCUCUCCCCACUCUCCUGCUACCUUAGGGUAGUAAAACUUUAAGCAUGCAAAUAAAAACCAUAAAACCAACAAAACCCCUGAAAACUAACCCCUAACAAUAAUAGAUAAAAAUGGUAUCCUGUUUUACCUUUCUAAUUCUUUGCUCAUUAAUGACUUUGAUCUAUGUUCUCUCUGUAUGAUUGUUGGGCAUCUGUAUUUCCAGUUUGUGAAUUUGCCUUUUAAUUUUUGUUAUGGGUUUCACUUUUCAAGUAAUGAAACGAAUUGCUCUUUUCCGGUGUGUCUUAUUUCCUGUUUUGUUUUUUUUUCUUGUUUUUUUUUUUUUUUUUUUUCUGUUAAACCUGAAGACCUCUCUCAAUCUGGAGAUUGAAUGAAUAUUUAUUUAUUUAUUUUUUUACUUUUUUGUGGUUUGGUUUUAUACUUGAUUUAUCCUGUUUCUUCUCCCCAGUAUCAAAGUAACAAACAUAUGCUCAUUGUGGAAAAUGUUAAUGAUGAAAAGAAGCCUACCCUCCAGAAUGUAGUCACUAUUGAUGUGUGUAUUUCUUUCUGCUCUUUUUCCACAUACAUGAGUACAGAUAUGGACAUUUUUAUCUUUACGUAGCUGAAAUCUACCACAAACAAUCCUGUAUCUUGCUUUUUUUGAUCUAAAAUAGCAUUAGAGGGGGAAGGUGGAGAUGAAUGUAUUUGAAAAAAAUAAUUAAAAUUAAAAAAAGAAAUUACAAGGACAAAAAAAGGAAAUUCAAAAGAAAAAUUCAUAUUUUAAAGAAAGUAUUAAAGUCACCAUUACAGAAAACAUGAAAAAAUUAAAAUAACAUUAGAUUGGUUUUUCAUGUCAUUGAUGGUUCUUGGUUAGCAGUUGUAAUGACUGCAUCAGCCUUCCAAACUAAUUUUUCUUUUUACUGAAAUUCUCAGAUUUAUGCAUGCAUUUUUAAAAAUUGUGGUAAAAUACAGAUAGCAUAAAAUUUACCAUCUUAAACAUUAUUAAAUGUGCAGUUCAGUGGCAUUAAGUACACUCACAUUGUUGUUCUGCUGUCACCUCCAUCCAUUCAUAGAACUCUGUUCCUUUUGCAAAACUGAAGCUCUGUUCUCAUUAAAUACUAAAUUCCCAUUCUUCUUCUCUUCCUAACACUUUGCUCCUACCAUUCUAUUUUCUGUCUCUAUGAUUUUGAUUACCCUAGGAACCUCAUAUAAGUGGAAUCAGGCAGUAUUUGUCCUUUUGUGUCUGGCUUAUUUCAGUAAGAAUAAUACUGUUAAGGUUCACCCAUGUUGUACAUGUUGCAGAACUUCCUUCCAUUUAAAGACUGAUUCAUAUUACCUUGUAUGAUAGACCACAUUUUAUUUAUCAGUUCAUCCCUUGAUGAACACUUGGUUUGUUUCUACCUUUUGGCUUUUGGAAAUAAUGCUGCUAUGAUUGUGGCUAUACAGCUAUCUGUUUGAGUCUCUGCUUUUAAUUCUUUUAGGUAUAUACCCAGCCUACAUUCAUCUUUAAUUACUUAAAAAUGUUCGGGUGUGUGCUAAAUGAUGGGCAAGGUGACCCCGAGGGAAUGUUACCCACGCUACAGAGGCCAAGAUUUCUCUGAACGAUGACAAGGGCUGGUUCUUCCCCACUCUAGGGCCAACCUCACUGAUGCCUGCCAGGUUCCCACCUUACCAUGUGAGGGGCUUUGGGUAUAAAUUCACAAAUAGGGUUCAGCCUCUUCUCCUUGCCCAAGUUCAACCUGUACAUUGUAGCUCCUCUGAAGAGUCUUGAAUUCUAGCCUCAGAUCCAGUGUUGAACUAGAGUGCAGCUGUCCCCUUUGGCCUCCAUCCAUUUUAUCUUUUGGUCUUAGGUAUCAGCCUUUUGUGGUUGACAUUGCUGUCAGUCUAGCCCCCACCCCAUCCCAAUGUACUCAGUAUCCCUUUGGCACUCCUCAGGCAGUCUCUCCUCUGCUCAGGAGAAGUUAAACAUGAGAGGGCUGUCACUAAUUAGUGUCCUUGGAUUGCCAAUGUUGCCAGGAUGGGUAAGAAUACUCCCUGCCCUCAGGACUUGCCUUCUCCAGGCUACUGAAGCUCCCUAUGGUGUCCCUGUCCAUUUGCCCACCAGGUGGGGUAGGGCCACUUUCCUCUUGAGUGUCAGCUGAAAUACAGGAAGUCUAAUGUUGUGGAGAGCCCACCUUCAAGGGCUUUUCUUUGUGACAGAUUUUUAUGGUGGUUAUUUCAUGUCCUACUCAAGAUCACUGGCAGCCAAUGGUGCUAGUCACUGAAAGAUGCCCUUAUUUGACUCUGGAUUCCUAGGCCUCUGAUGGGGGUGAAUCCAUGCUGGAGAAAACAACCAUGGCUUGGGCUGGCUCUGGAUGAGGUAUCUGGAAACCACUUGCAGUUAUCUUCACAGGAUCACAUGACAAAGCCCAGGCAGGAAAAGCAGAGUCCCACUGCCAGCAGGGGAAAAAAGGCUCAAGGUACUUGGUGUCUACUAGAAAGCCAGAGGUGUAGGAUAUGGUCAAAGAGAGGAGCAAAGGCUGGGGAAAACUGCUUUUGCUUUCUGCCUAUAAAAGUCAAGGACCAUUGAUUUAUGUGGGUAACAUGUUUGUAGCAGGACUCAGACUGACAUUCAUGCAGUCCUUGCCCUAAGUUAUUGACGUUUUGGGUGUGUUUUGGAAAGAAACUUUUGCAGGUGAUUUAUGUUCAAAACUCAUCAUUUAUUUAACAGGUUUUAUGAAUUCAUCUCUUCCAUGCUAUUAAAAAGGUACCGUCGUAUUUGUGUUAAGGGCAGCAUGAGUUAUUGUGUGAUUAAAUUAUAUUAAAUUUGCCAUUGUUAUUGUGUGUGCAAUUAUUGAUGAUGUUUUGGGACUGCUUGAUGCUGCCUUAAAAUAAAUGAAGCCAUUUAAUGAAUCUUAAUACUGUGGUACAGUUUUGUCCCCUUACAGUAUCCAACCUGUUCCCACCCAUGUGAGGACAGAGCAGGUGUGGUAUGGGUUUUGCAAAGGAGAAGAAUUCUUCCUCAGUGGUGGGGGUGUAUUUCUCUUGAAUGUAGAAGUGCCUUUCUGGGCAGUGAUAUUUCUCCAAGCUUGUCCUGAAGUUAGAAACUCCCCAGAAAGAA